CUGCUAGAUUUCUUCCCAAAGUUAUACUCUAGGUGAACGCAUCUCGUAUUGGAGUUGGCUUAAAAUUGUUGUUUUUGGGUUGGGCAAGGGAAAUGGGCAUGGAGGGGUUAGGGGUGGAGAAGUUAGGAAUAGGGAUGGGUAGGGUAAAGGGAGAUUAUGGAAUGUGGGUGGAUGUGAGCCUAGCUGUGAGGACUUUAAGAACCAUAAAGACCUUGAAACAUGGGAGCACUAAAACCACUGGAUCUAAUAAAGAGCUUUAAGUUUUGUUAUAUAAUACAGAGAUUUGGGAAGUGAACAGGAGACGAAGAGGGUGGAGACUGAACUUAUAGUGGCAUUGUUAGUUUACUCUGAAUUCUAAAAGUUUCCGUCCUAGCUUAGGACUUCUGUUUGAGUUUCUUCUUUUAUUGGGAGUUUUUGCCUCUUUUGCAUUGCCUUUAGCCCUGACUUCAAAACAUUGCCUGCUUUUACAGACAAGGCUGUUUUGUUCAUUUCUUAUAAAGAUUUAAAAAGUUUAACCUAAGAAUCCUG